UCAAUCCCUCCCCUCCCCGGCAAAACAAAACAGUGGGAAAAAAAUCUCACCGUUUUAGGAAUCCGAUGGACGGAUCAAGCGUUAUGACGGCGACGGUUAUCGACGAGUUAUACGAGUUCUCGGCGCCACGUUUCUUCGAUUUCAUCAAAGGAGAAUCGGAGGAAGAAGCACGGAAUGCCGAACUCUGGUUCGAAACCGCCUUAAGCUACGCUCCUUCCCCCUUUAUGUCUAGAAUCAAGGCUGGUAGUAGAACCGUUCAUGUGGAGAGUCUCUGCAAUUUUAGUGAAGAAGAUCAAAUGCAGAAGGCAUCAGAAUUAUCGGAUGCAACACCUCCUAACAGCAACUUGAAAGAUAAGCCGAAAGCCGAGCUCGUGCCCGAUAAAGUAAAGGAAGAAGUUAAAUCCUCCGAGGCAAAGGUUGAAAUAAAUCAAAUUGUCACUGAGAUUGUUAAUGAUGAUAAAGAUAAGGAAAACACAGCGACUGUAUGCGCUCAAGAAAAUGGAAGUGCCCUAACUGAAAAAUCACAUUUAAGUGUUCCCGGUGAUGAAGAGAAAAGCAAAUAUACUGCUGUGCAAGUAGAAACUGAAGCUUGCACCCCUAAACCAUUGAUGAUUUCUCAGAAAAAACUGGUGAGUGAUAAGAAGCAUCAGACGGCUAAAAAGAUAGCUAGUAUGAUACGGAACCUGAAGCCGAAAACCGGCAAUGCUGGAACUCCUAAUCUGGCUCUAGAAAACCAAGCCAUCAAACGUCAGAAACUAGAUGGAGGAAGAUCUAGACAGAUUCUGAAUGUGAAACCCCAUAACUUGCCCCACAAGUCAAAACUUGGUCUUCCGAGUGGUAGUUCCAACCGGAGCUCCUCUACUGCUAAAACAUCAAACAAAUUGGAUAGAAAGGUUUAUGUUCGAGAACAGGCACCAUUCGUUUCAAUGGCAGAAAUGAUGAGAAAGUUCCAAUCAUCUACCAGAGAUUUGUCAAUUCCUCACAGUUCUCAGUCAAAUGUUCCAACACUCAAAUUGACAAGACCUAAAGAACCCGAAUUUGAAACAGCACAGAGAAUGCGCCCCGUUAGAGUGAAGAGCACCAAGGAGCUUGAGGAAGAAAUGAUGGCUAAAAUUCCAAAGUUUAAAGCAAGACCAUUGAACAAGAAGAUUUUUGAAGCUCCAGCACUACCCUCACUACCAAGAAGUACUCCAAAGCCUCCAGAAUUUCAGGAAUUUCAUUUGGAGACAAUGGCUAGAGCAAGUAAGAACGCGGAGACAUCUUCGGUAGCUUCAACAGAAGUGUCUCGUCAGAAUAAUCAGUGGAAACCACAUCUAACAGAACCCAAAACCCCUGUGCUUCAAACAUCUCUGAGGGCAAGACCUACAAAGGUCAAAAGUUCUAUUGAACUUGAGCAGGAGGAACUUGAAAAAGCACCUAAAUUUAAAGCAAGGCCAUUAAAUAACAAGAUAUUUGAGGGCAAAGGAGAAUUGGGAAUCUUCUGUAAUGCAAAGAAACAGGUUACUAUACCCCAAGAAUUCUAUUUUGCAACACACGAGAGGGUUCCGCCGCCAUCAGCGGUUUUUGAUUUAUUUGACAAGCUUUCUCUGAAUUCAGAAUCUAGCUAUGAUCCAAUUCCGAGAAGAACCAUUCCCAAUCCAUUCCAUCUUCACACAGAGGAAAGAGGUGCUGAAAAAGAAAAGAAGUUCGUGAUGGAAAUUAUAGAGAAGCAGUUUGAAGAGGCAAGAGCCAGGGUCCCCAAGGCUAACCCAUAUCCAUACACCACUGACUACCCUGUGAUUCCUCCGAAACCCGAACCUAAGCAUUGUACGAAACCGGAACCCUUCCGAUUGGAAAGUUUGGUGAGGCACGAGGAGGAGAUGAAAAGAGAGAUGGAAGAAAGAAAGACAAAAGAGAAAGAAGAAGCUCAGAUGAGGGUCUUCAAGGCUCGGCCGGUUCUAAAAGAGAAUCUAAUUCCUGUUCCUGAAAAACCCCGCAAGCCUCUAACACAAGUGCAAGAAUUCGACCUACAUGUCAAUCAUAGAGCAGUGGAAAGAGCCGAAUUCGAUCAAAAAAUUAAAGAGAAAGAAAUGGUUUACAAGAGAUACAGAGAGGAAAGUGAGGCAGCAAGAAUGAUUGAGGAAGAGAAAGCAUUGAAGCAACUAAGGAGGACAAUGGUUCCCCAUGCUAGGCCUGUUCCCAAGUUUGAUCAUCCUUUCUGCCCACAAAAAUCUUCCAAGGAAACAACAAGACCGAAAUCGCCACGUCUACGAGUUCUCCAAAGAAUAGACAGGAAGAAGCGGAUCGGUUCUUCGUUCACGGCUCUGACUUCCAGUCCGGCCACUCUUAUGAGGUGA